AAUUUAAAAAUUUAUUUUCUAUUUAUUAAGCAUCUUCAUUGAUAUGAACGUAUAAUAAAAUACUACUUCGAAAAGCGUUAUUUUUCUAAACAAAAAUGAGUUAUAUAUUUGUCAGAUCAAACAAAGAACAGGAUAUCAUAGAUCAAUCUAAUAUGUUCUGGACUAAAGUGGAACAUAUAUUUGGAAAGAUUCCCGAAAUGAUUCGUCUAAUUCUAGAGUUUAAUGGAUUCGACACACAUUUAGCCCUGAAAGGCAUUCGCUGGACUGAUAAGAAAUAUUUUUUUGAAGCUUUGGAAGAGUCAAUUAACUCAAUUGAAGAACAUGAUGACAACAAGGAAGACGCUUCAAAUGAUUUGAAGACAAAAAUCAUUAAUGAGCUUUCUCUUAAUAAUCAGACAACUCGAAACUUUAAGCUAAAGUUGGGACACAAGAAUCUUAUUAUCAAUUUAUGUCAUGAGCUACAAAAUAUAAAUUCGGAAGAUUUUAACAAUUUUCCGAGUAUUCACUCACCACAAAAAAGAAAAUAUUCUGAAUUGAUUGUACGGAAACCGGAGGAACAUGGAUAUUCAAGUGUGAAUGAGAGUUCAAAGAAAAUCAAGAGUGAACGUGAUCCAUUUGAGCCUGUUGAGUAUGUUUAUGAAGAUCAAGAUUAUAACGAAGAUGAUGAGGAGACAGGCAAUCAGUUUAUUGAAUCAGAAUAUCUUGAACAGGAAGUAGAAUUGUAUCAGGAGGAAAACGAUAUUGGUGACUAUCAAGAAGUUCAAGUUGAAGAAAUUGAGGCAGAUGAAAAUGCUCUAUAUGCAACCGAUGAUGAUAUAAAAGCUCACCAACUUGAUCAAGGAAAUUGUUUUGAAAUCUCCGGAUAUGAUUCGUCAUCAUCUCAAAAUCCCAUAGAACAAUUUAUUGCAAGUUGUAAAACACAAAAACCUAAACACAUGUACACAGAAGAGUUUUUGAAAAGUCAAAAAACUCAAGGAAAAAUAGGAACACCUGGAAGAAGACGACCGAAAAUUCCUAAAAACUAUCCAGCUACUGAUGAAGGAAUGCUUGAGAGAUGGACUGAUCUAGUGAGACAAAGUUGUGAAGUUAUUGUUCCUCAAGGUCUUCUACUUUCACUUGAUUUACAUCACAUUGACAUUGUAAAAGUUCUCGAUAAUAUUUGGGAAGUUAGAUGUCCACUUUGCACAAAAAAGCUUCGUCUACAACAGACAUUUGAAGGAAAAUAUGUUAACUACAAACGUAGCAACUUCGAACGUCAUCUAAGAAUUGUUCACUAUAAUCAAAUUCAGCAGGUCAAACCCCACCUAAAAGAUGACGAACAGUAUGAGGAUGCAGUAAACUAA